AUGGAAAGUCAGAUUCGUGACUUGGAAGCCCAGUUGGAGGAACUGGAUCCUUUUCCAGGCGCCAUCAUUGACCGUGGGGAGAUGGUUGAAACCAGCGAUGAUCAAGAUAUAUUAUCCUCACCCCACAGUAGUUUCUCAUUCACGGAUAAUGAUGACGAAGACGAACGCGAAGUUGACGGUCUGAACAACUUCAACAUCAUUCUCGAAUACCCGGUGCUUCAGUACGAAUACAGAGAGCUCGGAGACUUUGAAACGGAAUAUAUGGACUGGUUCACUGCAACUGAUCUCAAAGAACUGAGCAAUAUCAAGAAACUGGCCAUCCAAAAUCAGACUCCCUCAGAUCUUGUUAAGAAACUGAUUAACGCUUCAGACAAAACACAAUUGCAUAUACUCAUAAGUCUGGAAUACAUAGCAAUGGGUCAAUAUGGCGAGAUAUCAGAAAUCGGUGAACUUAUAACCAAAAUAACAGACAACUCUCGCCUAUUUCUCAGUCACGAAGUGCUGCUCCCGAUUUUGGAAGUUCUCAGCUCUAGACUGGUUCGCUUGAGCGAUUUGAAGAACGAGGAAAAACCUCUCAAUCGCAAACAGCUUCAAACAUGGUCUUCGCAGUUGUAUCAUUCUAUGACCAUUGUUUACACUGUUGUCCUUGCUACUUUGACGACCAAAGAAAAAGUGAGACUAUUGGCCGGCAUCGUUGAUACGAGCCAACUUCUUACUACCAUGAUGAGGGCAAUUGACAACUGGCGCUGGCUGACUGCGGAUGCCAAUGACAAGGAGCUGGGCUCCGCAUUGGACAAUUCGGUGGUUCACUAUUUCAAGCUCCGCAAUGUCAUAAUGCUCUUCUCAAAGCUAAUAUUGCUUCAGUUUGGAGAUUCUGAGCUCUUGCAGUCUACGAAAUCCUUUCUCAGAUUUAAAUGUGAAUCCGGUCAUGUUUUUGGCAGCGCCCCAGGAACUCGUGGGGCAAAAGUUGAGACUAUCACUCCUCUUGAUUACCAGUACUUCCGCAAAGAGCUUAUUGCCAGAUACCCUACCUACUCGCCUCCUGAGCAUAAAGUCUCGGAUAUUUUACAGCUGAACGUUGAACAAGAUAAUGAAAGUUGUUCAAAGCUAAUCAAUACUUCUGCACUAUUAAUUAACCAAAAACACCAUCUACGCAACAAGUUGCCAAACUCACAAGAUAGCUGUCCUCCUGAGAUUCAUAUAGCAACGCCUGCCCCAUCGCCUACUUUGAGUCCACAGCAUACAGGAGGGUCGAGAAGCUCUAAUAUCUCAGAGAUCGAACAUGUGAACGGGCAAGGUCGUAAAAAGGUUUUCAUUACACAACCCCAAUUCGCCAAUUUGUAUCCUUUCUCUCAUGACAUACCUGUGAGUAUCCAGGAGGCAACGAGAAUCUUCCAUGCUCAUGUUUCUGAGUCGUUCAGUGCUUUACAAUUUACUGAUGUAUUUGAAGAUUUCAUCAAGCAAGAAAAGGGUAUCACUGAACCUACGGGCUCGAAAUUUAUUUACACCGAGAAAGACAUUGAGAAGAACCCAAUCUUUGCUGAUGAGCUUGUUGCAUUGCAGCGUGUUGAGCAAUUUUACCAUUCGGCAUUGCCAUACUUGAACUCAUUGGCGGCAGUAUUGAUUCAGAUCAUAUCUUCAAAUGUACUUCCUGCUUCGGGGUAUAAAUCAGCGGAAAACCCUUUUCUACCGCCUAAGAAGCCUUAUGACAUUUCCACCAUGUCACAAUACGACAAGCAGAAGCUUGAUUUGAUGCGGAUCAAAGAAACCUGCUUGAAAGCAGCUUCCACUACCAUGUUUCUACUGCUUAAGUGGUUCAAAAUGUCACAUAUUUUGAAACAGGAAUAUUUUGCUCUUUUGCUGUUUGACAACGAUCUGUAUUUGAACCUUUUUCGCUUCCUUGGCAGCAACCAAGUGCAGACUCAGCUUGAGAAUUCUUUUGAUUUCAAUGACCCUGAAACUUUGCUGAAGAAUAGAGUUGUCUUUUGUGAUUAUGAGGUACUAUACGAUUCAAAGGAAUACAACUUUUUCAGGACCGCAACUUCAUUUUGCCGUCAAGCUCCCCAGAGUCCAAAGUUCAAUUCCGAAGAUAUAUUUGAAGUGAACCAACAAGCCUAUGAAACGUAUAUUCCGCCGUUUAGCGGACAAUCACAUGUGAAAAUUUUGAAGCCCAAUCAUCGAUAUUGUACAAUCAUUACGCAAUUGUUGCGAAGCUUGUAUUCAACCAUCUCCAACUAUAAGAUCCAACGAAUUUACAAACUUUUAGAGGUGCGACCAACAGAAAGCUUACGGUUUUUACUCACGAUAUACAAUUCCAGUUUCUAUAAGCCUGUCUUGAAGGUUAUUAAGUUAAUCUGUCCAUUCAAUGGCAAAAAGUGGCGUUCCAACAACAUGGAUCUUAUCUCCUUUGUAUAUCUAUUUUACAAAGUGGGGUUGCGCGACCAAUGGCUAAACAAUCUGUUCAUCUUUAAUCUUAACGAACGAUUGAAGCGUUCUUGGGAAAAUGAGUACGCUUUGCGCAGUUUGCUCAAAUUUUAUAACGCCACGUACUAUUCUGAUCAAAUGGUCAACUUUGGCUACGACAACAUUCCCCCUUUGAAACAAGAGAUGUUUCUUGAAGAGGGCUGGAAAGAUGAGAUAUAA